CGCUCACUUCCGCUUUUUCUUUCAAGAGCGUCUGUCCAAAUUUUUGGUUUUUAUACUUUUUUUUUAGUUUUUAAAGUUUUUAACAGCGAAAUUAACAAAAAAUGUUCCGUUCGAUUAAGCACCAACUAAACGGAGCGGAGCUCUUCAAAAGUAUUUAUAAAAGGGAACAACUCCACCCGUUCCAUUUCCGUCUUGUUGACUAUAGUUCCUUUACUGAUGAGAAGCUCAAUGAUCUUUUGUUGAGCGUGGAAUUCGAGAUUGAUAGAGUUUGUGAUAUCCUGCAUUUGGUGAAUAAGGAGUAUAUUGGUGAUUGCCUAAAGUUCGUGCGAGACAAAGUUGUCUUGACGAUACACAUGAGAAAGUUUCUACCAUGUAUGUAUGAGCUAAUAGACCAUCGGAGAUUUGAACAUGACAGGGACCCAAAGAUUCCCAGAUGGAUUAUCAAUAGCAAUAGGCGCUGGAAUGAACAGAAACUCUAUUUGGUUCCUCACACAACAUUUAUGAGGUUUGCCACAAUGCUCAAUGGACUUUCUUGGGAAGAAGACCAAAAGAGAUUACAGGAAUAUUCCAAAUAUAUUGGAUGCUCAGAAGGUACAAGUUAUACCCCUACAGAUAUUCGUCUUCUAUAUGCUGUGAGACAGCUCCAAGGACUAGCCCAAGAUGAUGAUGAUUCUGAUGAAGAAUAAAGCUGUUAAUCUCUUUGAAACUUUUGUAACUUUGAUUUAUUUUGUAUAAUUAGUUUUGGCCAAUCUAACCCUCUAAAUUGAUCUUGAUCUAAAUUUUAUUUGAAUGAAGUUGUGAAUUUACUUGGACAAUAAAUUACAACUAUUAAUUAGAAAAUGUAAAA